ACAAUAUAGGUAUGUAACAUAUUGUAAAUAUAUUGCGUCUGAUCACGAUAGUGAUAACAGCAAAGAAUGCUCAGAUCUGGAAAUGUUAGGUUAGAUUGGUAUUAUGCUGAAGAAAACUAUGUAGGCGUUUUUCCAAAACAAGCUGCAGGCAAAUUUAAAAGCGUUGCAGAUAUUUUGUAGCCAGCAUCACAUAUUCCUCGAAAAAUGGAUUUGAAAGCUGUAGUCGUUUCUGGAGAAGCUCCAGAAUCUGAUGACGAUGCCUCAAAUAUUGCUACUGGCUUAGGAUUUCCUAUUGUACGAACAUCAAAUUACUGUGGCACGAUUAUCUCUGGUGAAGCACCAGAAUCUGAUGACGAUUUAACUAGCUUGAGCAGUAUUAGUGGAGCAAUGGAUGCUAUGGCAUGUCCUCCUUACACAGAUUUAAAGAUAGCAAAAUCCAAAAGAAGUACCAUCAAAUACAAUAGUCUACUUCACAAGAAGCUAUACGAAUGCAAUGAAACCUUGGACAAAGACCUUCUGCAAAUGACCGAGGGCGUCAUCGCGACUGGUGUACAGGAAUUGUCAGCUGUUAACCGACAAUUGUUGAGAAGCGAACUAGUACUACAAGAGGCUGUAUGUCAACUGCGUAACGCGUCCAGUCGGAUAAAGGAUGCCUCCAACGCUCUACAUCAACUCAUAGACGACGACUUCUUGCAUUCCAUUAAAACUUAACUUCUAAAAAUUAUUAGUGCGUAUUUAUAUUCUUAAGAUAUUACGCGUAGCGAUGUAACAGGCAUGAAUUCAUUAAUAAUGCCAUUUCGCGCAUUAAAUGCGGACAUUAAAAAAAUGCAUAUUCUUUUUACGUCUGGUGA